UUCUUCAUGUCUUAAUAUAUUCUAAACUUUUAUUUAUUAAUUUUUCCUUUUCCUAUAAAACAUAUUAUCGAAAGAGAGUGUACUUAUCAAGAAAAGAUAAUUACUAUUGAGAACCUGUGCAAUAGCUAGUGGCGUUGAUGUGAAAACCCAACAAUACUUAAUUAAGUGGUUAUUUUGAAAGAAUCCUACUCCCAUUAGUUUUUGAAUUUCAAUGUGAAACCUUUAAAUAUAUUCUUCACGAAUUCUUAAAAGUUCCGCAGUUCAUACACAGCAACCUGAAGUUCCAAUGGCUGAACAGCAAUUAAUAUCUCUUUUUGACGACGAGCACUGUACAAAAUAUACUAUCCUAAUUGCCAGUACGUUGGGUCGUAUGAAAGAGACCCGAGACAUUUCUUUUAACGCAGGUGAACAACAAUUAUCAGAAAAAGAAAAGAAGGAAUGGGAUAUAUUUCAUGAGAAAUAUGAUGAAUGGGCUGUAUCUGUAGUGCAUAGAACAGGAAGUGCUUUAGAUCCAUCAACGCCCAAGGAUGCGACUGAAGUUAAAAAGUUCAGAUCUUUUAGUGAAGCAGAAAAGGGCGAAUGCUUUAUCAAAUGCUUGCUUCUUCUUUUAGUUUCAUUAGGUGAUUAUUCGUCGAAUUCGCGCCAACUACUAUACCUCGUUUCUAAAGAACUCCAUCAGCCCGAAGAAAUUCCGCAUAAGGCAGAGUUCAUAACGUCGUCUAUGCUUAUAGAAACUUUUAAAAAAAUUGAAUCAAAUGAAAAAUGGUAUGAACUAUCUCAAUCACAGAAAGUCCGGAAACGUAUUACUAUGGGAUUAGCUGGCAUCGCUGGAGGGGCAUUAAUCGGUGUUACAGGUGGACUGGCAGCACCCCUUGUAGCAAGCGGACUAGGCGUUUUAUUUGCAGGACUAGGGCUUGGCACCAUGAUUGGAGCUUCUUAUUUAGGGACCUUGAUUACAUCUGCUCCGAUGAUUACCACACUCUUUGGAGGAUUUGGUGCAAAAAUGAGUAUAAAUCAAGUCCACGAAAUUUCAAGAGGAAUUUCUGAUUUCGAAUUUAUCCCUUUAGAGGCUUCUUCCAAUCUUUCCAUGACAAUUGGAGUGGCCGGAUGGCUUGAAAGCCCCCAGGAUGCUGCAGAUACAUGGUAUCCUCUGACAUUUGGUGACAAAUCUUAUUAUUGGGGAGACUUUUAUGCUUUAAAGUUCGAAGUUCAAGCUUUUGUUGAUUUAGGGAAAGUGAUAUCCCGUAUUUUAUUUACAACCAGUUUGAGCUGGGUUCAAGAUGAAGUCAUCAAACGAACUAUUUUGGCCCCUUUAUCUGCUGCUCUUUGGCCUUUAGGACUUUUAAGGAUUGGAAACAUAUUGGGCAAUUCAUGGAGGGUGGUAUUCAAUCUCUCAAUUAAAGCAGGAGAAGCUCUUGCCAACGGAUUGUGUAUGAGGGCACAAGGUAAACGUCCAGUGACACUGAUCGGAUUUUCUUUAGGAUCAAGAACAAUUUUUGAAUGUUUACUAAAAUUAGCUGAGCGGUACGAAAUUGGUAUCGUGGAAAAUGUUAUAAUAAUGGGAACACCAGCAUCUACGGACCCUAAACUCUGGAAAAAAAUGCGAAGCGUAGUUUCAGGAAGAUUGGUAAACGUGUACUCUAAAAACGACUAUGUACUACAGCUAGUGUAUAAAACGAAUAGUAUUCAAACCCGUGCUACAGGCCUGGAACCCAUUGCACUAAACUCAUCUUGUGUAGAAAACGUUGAUGUUGGCGACCUAAUUGAAGGGCAUCUUCAGUAUCGUUGGCUUCUCCCGAAAAUUCUGAAGGAACGAUUAGGUUAUACAUGUAUUUCAGACGAAGUGAUUCAACAGCUUCAACUAAGAGGAAAAAGCUUCGAACAAUCUCAGCGUGAACUUCUAAAUGAAGAUGCAAAACAACAAGAAAUCAUUUUCGAUGCAUCUGAAGGCUCUGAAUAGUAAUUUUACUCUGAUAUACGCACAAGAAGCAUAAAUAAAGACUCGCUUCGCUGUUUGCUUAUUUUUUUUCAAAUUACUUGGGUACCAUUUCCUUUAGUACAUACUCAUUUGACUAUUUAUUUUUAUAAUAAUAAUUUAUUUAAUAUGGAAUGAUUUCCUGUUUCGUAUAAAUUUUUAAAACCAUGGGUUACUCAACUGUUUCUUUUGCGAUUCUCUUU